CUCCAGAAACUUCUUUUCGUCUUGCAGCUAUAAAAAGGCGCUUAAUCUGUUACCAGAUACAUCCACGGAAAGAGGGACAGAGCGAAAACGUAGAGAAAGAAAAUAGUAGUCGAUCGAUUGACAAAUCGCUUCUCAAGAUGUCAUACUCCAGGAGAUCCAGGUACUCUGAUUCUCCUUCACCUUACAGGCGCUACAGUAGGUCUGUCUCCAGGUCUCGGUCAAGGAGUAGGUCAAGGAGUCGUGUAUCCAGUGAUGCUGAGAAUCCGGGAAAUAACUUGUAUGUGACAGGGCUUUCAACCCGAGUGACAAAGAGAGACCUUGAGAAGCACUUUUCAACUGAAGGAAAGGUUGAGGAUGUCCACCUUGUUGUUGAUCCAUGGACACGGGAAUCCCGUGGGUUUGGCUUUGUGACUAUGUCAACAUUGGAGGAGGCUGAUCGUUGCAUCAAGUACUUGGACCGUUCGGUGCUUGAGGGCAGGGUUAUCACUGUUGAAAAGGCUAGAAGGCGAAGAGGACGCACCCCUACUCCUGGAAAGUAUCUUGGGCUGAGAACCGUUCAUGUGCGUCGUAGGUCUCCUAGCUACUCAACUUAUUCAAGAAGUCAUUCACCUCGAUAUUCAUCUGAAAGAGAUAGGAGCCGCAGCCGGUCUUAUUCUCCUUAUUAUAGUCGUCGACGCAGAUCGUACUCACCUUACGCACGUCGUAGAUCAUAUUCUCCAUACUACAUCCGUGGAAGGUCUUAUUCCCGCUCUCGUUCUAGGUCAUACAGCAGGUCUCCUGUAAGCAGGCGAGAUCGUUCCUACUCUCCUUACUACAGGGACUAUUCUCCUGAUGACCGUUAUUAUAGGAGACGUUACAGGUCUUCACGGGACUACUCUCCUGAUGAUCGCUAUAGGGGCCGACACAGGUCUUCUGCUCGAAGCAUUUCACCUAGACAUCGAGUUAAUUCAAGGAGAAGUUACUCACGUAGUGUGACACCCAGACGAUCGAGGAGUUACUCACGCAGUGUGUCCCCAAGGUACUCUCGACGAAGCUACUCCCGGAGUGUCUCUCCAUCUCCCAGGAAGAGCUCAAGGAGGGACAAGUCUUGCAGUAUGUCCCCAAGACAAAUUAAAAGCUUGAAGAGGAGUGCUUCCCUUUCUCGCAAACGUGCACAGUCCCAAGAUAGUCGGUCCUCAAGAAGGCACUCAAGGAGUCCUAGUGUUUCUUCAUCGUCUAGAUCUGGUUCAAGAUCAGCUAGUGCUGAACCUUCUUCUCCAUAGUUCGACUGCACGCUUGCUGUUACUGUAGCUGUACUUGUAGCUGCUUUUGGGACCUGGUGGUAGUUUCGUUAAAUAUAUGAUCUAGGAUGUGGAUUGGUGGAUAUAACUGUCUGGGUUAUGAUGGUGGUAUAAAUUGGGCAUGUUACGCACAAGAUUGCCGAGGAGGCUGCUGUGUGUUGUGGACCUCCACUCUGUUAAACAUUAUUUGUACUUCUUUGUUGUGCUCUGACUCUCUGUCUUUGGGCAUAGCGAUUUGACUUUGUCAUCCCGUACGUCUGGUGAUUUGUAUGUUUCUUAUAGCAUGGUAUUGGGUUGGACCUUAGAGUGUUUGACUUGGUGUUGGCUGAGCAGUUAUACCAUUUUAGUAGAUGCAAUGGUUUUCUAGCUAGAAGAUCGUCAAUGGGUGCAAGAAAUUCUUACGUUGAACGGCGCGGCAUCAAUCAUUUGCUCCAAUGUUUUCCCUGUGUAAGCCUGUCUGGUCGUUGAUGAGGUCAACAUGUAAUGUGAAAAAAGAUAGUGAGGCAUAUAAGUUGAGGCAAGGACAGUGAGGUACGUAAAGUCGCUGGGUGCGGCGACAGAUAUCCUUACGGACAUAAGCUAGCUCGUGACUAUAUUCAUCCUUGUCUUAUCCGAUUUUGGAAUGGUAGGGAAAAUGGAGAUGAGAGGA